UGUAACGAGCAUCUUUGUUUUUCUAGUUUCGUUAUCGUUUACUAUCAGAAAGAAAAUUCGUUUACCCGGAAGUCAUUUGCAAAAUUACACAUAUUACACACAGUGACGCAAGGCCAAGGUCAAUUCGCGUGAAAAAUAUUUAAAUCUUGUGUUGUUUUAAACACUGUCCCUUUAAUUCCAAUUUUUCAGAGCUCAGGAAAAUCGAUCGUUUUUUUGUGACGUUUCUCCUCAAUGGUUAUGGUUUUUUAGCAUCGAUUUCUGUUAUUUUUUCUCGAGUGUGAAGAUCUAAACCCAGUGUUAGUGAAACUAUAUAAAAAAAUGGUUCCAGUCCCAAAAACUCAUUUACCAGCAACUAGGAUAAGCACAAUCAUGAAGAGUUCAUCAGACGUUGAAAUGGUCAAUAAAGAAUCCAUUUUUCUUAUGUGUAGGGCCGCCGAACUCUUUAUCAAACACUUGGCUACUGAAAGCUAUAACACGACUGGUAAUGGUAAAAAGUUAGAUUACAAAAAUUUAGCCCAAAUCGUACAUUCCGACGACAAAUAUGAGUUUCUGAGGGAUAUUAUGCCGAAAAAAAUUACCGUUAGAGAGUUUAAAAGGCUGAUGGCAAAGAAACAAGCUGAAGAGGGAGGAAAAAAGGAUGACAAGAUGUCGUCUUCUUCGGAAGACGAUGAUUCUUCUUCGUCCACGUCCUCGGGAGACGAUGAUAGCAGUUCCGAGAGUGAAGAAAGUAACGCGAGUGCCUAAUUUUAGCCGGUUUGUUUUGAUUUUUAACUCGAAAGUUUUAGUUUAUAAGAUAUAUUUUA